AUGACCAUGUGCCAGCAAGAGCACCCCGCGGAGCCCUGGUGCCCCUACAAGGUGGGCGGCGAGGGCGCGGCGAGCGGCCGGCUCUGCUUCCGCACGCCGGCCCGCGGCUUCCAGUGCGCGGCGCGGGCCUGCCGCGCCCACCGCUCGCCGGGCGGCGCGCUGGUGGCCAACGUGCUGCGCAACGGCAGCGUGCUGCUGCAGUGGGGGCCGCCGCGCCCGGCCGCCGGCCUCCGCGGCUUCGCGCUCAACUGCUCCUGGGACGGCACCUACACGCGCUUCCCCUGCGACAGCGUGGAGCUGGGCGCCGCCUGCCGCGACUACCUGCUGCCCGAGGCGCACGGCAGCGUGCGCUACCGCCUCUGCCUCCAGCCGCGCUACGCGCCGCCGCGCCCCGCGCCGCCCGCCCAGUGCGUGGAGUUCCGCGUGGAGCCGGCCGCCAUGCGGGACAUCGUCGUCGCCAUGACGGCCGUGGGGGGCUCCAUCUGCGUCAUGCUCGUCUUCAUUUGCCUCCUGGUGGCCUACAUCACCGAGAACCUCAUGAGCCCGCCCGCCGCGCCGCGCCGCGCCUAG